ACCUUCCAGGGCCCWUCUGCAGUUGCAUGUCUGGCUUCGUCUGGCUUUAAACAAUGAGUUCCUUCGAAGAUCUUAGAACCCCAGCUCUUGUGGUGGACAUUGAUAAAGUGAAGAAAAACUGCCAAGAAAUGGCUGAACGAUGCAAAAGACUUGGUGUGCAGCUCAGACCACAUAUGAAGACCCAUAAAACAUUGGAGGCAGGCUACUUAAUGACCAAUGGCACAAAAAGAUGCAUUGUUGUAUCCACUCUGGCAGAGGCAGAAUUCUUUGCUGAUGGAGGGUUUGAUGAUAUCACAUAUGGYAGACUCAUUACACCAAACUGUAUUCCACAUGCUGCAAAAUUACUGGAGCAAUUACAGAUGUUUCAUCUGUUCAUUGACAAUGACGUCCACCUUCAAGCCUUAAAAAACCACCCUCCCCCAGAGGGAAAGAAAUGGUCUGUUUUCAUGAAAGUAGACUGUGGUUAUUGCAGAGCUGGUGUCAAAUACAAUGAUCCAUACUGUGUCACCCUAGCCAAGGAAAUUAUAAGUUCUCCAUUGUUAGAAUUCAAGGGUAUCUAUAUACAUACUGGAAACUCGUAUCAAGCUCAGAAUGAAAGCCAAAUUAAAGAGUAUAGUGGUAGUUCUUGGAAGCAGCUCAAUGAAUUGGCUUCAAGGCUGAAAGAAGCAGGUAUCGAAUGCCCAACAGUUGGAGUAGGAUCAACUCCCACUUGUUCCAAACCCGCGGAAGAUGUUUUACAGAGUAUUACGGAAUUUCACCCUGGCAAUUAUGUCUUUUAUGAUUACCAGCAGGUGCUUGUGGGAUCAUGCCAACAAGAGGAUGUUGCCAUUAGAGUGCUUACAAGAGUCAUUGGACAUUACCCCGAUCGGGGCUAUUUGCUCGUUGACUGUGGUUUUACUGCUUUGAGUCAUGACGGUAUGAAGGGUAGGCUGCCAGAUAAACCAUUCUGCCUUAUUGAUGGGCAUCCUGAGUUGAAAAUGGUUAAAUUUACACAAGAAAUAGGAACUCUAAAGGCAGCAAAUGAAGACGAGCCUCUAAACUAUUCUAAGUACCCAAUAGGGUCAAUCCUGUCAAUAAUACCAUAUCACUCUUGUGCGACAGCUGCUCUUCAUCCAGUGUACUUCGUUCACGACAAAGAGAAUAAGAUCAUCGAAAAAUGGACGCCAAAUCGCGGAUGGUAGCUGKCAAAGAACAUAGAUCUUAUAGAAUACGAGUUUUAGGUUCAUUUUAUUUCCAAUGUCCACUGUAAUAAUCAUAGUAUAUUAUAGUUAAUAUUUCAAACUAAAUAAAUAUGUGUAAAUUAAAAAUGAAAAU